AUGUGUCUCAAGAAAGAAUCAGAGUCCCCGCAGAAGGAGGCUGAGUCACCUCGUUCUCCUUGGAAAAAGCUCUUGAGAAAGAACUCAAAACCAAGGUUGCCACGAUCGGUGACUAGGUCUACGCGAGUGAAUCUUAACAAGUGCUGGUCGAAGUUGGGUGAGCUGAUCACCAACACGCCGCCACGCACUGACCUGCCAUCGCAUAAGACUGCUUAUCCCGAAGAACCUGUUAUAGUGCCGUUCUCAAAAUAUUUCUACCCCACUGAUCCGGUCAAACCGGUCACGGAAGACGAUGAUAACGCUGAAAAUGAAAACAUCCUCAACUCGAGCCGUUUUGAACUCAUCUCUGACGCAGAGAUAGGUGAUAACAUGGCGAAUGAAGUUAGAGAAAUAUGUUACGCCGCGACCAAAUCCAACUGUUUCGUAUGCAAACUUUGCUUUUAA